GUUCUGUACUUGAACAACGGAUUGACGGCAUUCCUACUGGGUGUGCUCUUCGCUUGCAUAGCUGCCAUCCUAUACACUGCCAGAGUUCUUCCAGAGGUGCAUGGCCUUAGGACUUUCGCUGGGCAACCUAUCUUAAGUGCCUGGUGCACUCCUGCUGGUGUCCUAGGCCAUUAUGCCGGUCUUCUACUUGUGGCACGCCGCAAGCUGGUGUUCCUGGAUGUUGCCUGUAUAGACCAAACACACAGCUUGCGCAAAGCUGAAGGACUGGUCAGCAUGGGUGCAUUCCUAAACCAAUCCAAGCGCAUGUUGGUACUUUUCCAUAAGUCGUUCACUUUGCGCUUAUGGUGUGUUUUCGAGCUUGCCGCAUUUCUGCACAGCCAAAGAGCACGCAAAACAGAGCUGGUGGUUUACCCAGUUUCCGUGGGCGUGGUUGCCCUGGUGGCACAUUUCG